UAUUUGUAGAUAUAUAUCCGCCUUACCAAAUAUCUCUGGGGAUGAUCGGGAUAAUGUUCAUAAUUUAUGCCAGAUACACGCUCUCAUAGCUCAAGUCCUUGAAAUAUCAAUAAAAUUACCACGCGCACGCCUCCUUACAGGUAUAUUGAUCGAGGAAUCAAGAACUACUUGCAGGCGCGGAGAAUAGCAGGUGCUCGGCGGUGAUGUUCUUUGAAGUCUGUAGAGAAAAGUAUGGUGGAACCCAUGUGGAACUAAAAUAACGGUAAACUUUCGUUCGGACCGCCUCUGUUCACUUAUUGGAGCCCCUUUCUAUGUGCAGGGGGGAUGAAGAGUUUUAUCAGUCAUUGUUUCGACACGCAAUGGGAUGCGUGAAUAGUAAGUUAGUACCCGAAGCGCCGCCGCCGAAUGCACAUUUGGUGGAAACAGUUUAUGGGCACCAAGAUGCUAAGAAUAAAGCAAACCGUACGUCAAAAAUCAAACAAACACAACUUCAGUCGAGAACCACCAGGGACCCAACAGUCACAAACGCUCCACCCGGACAGAGGACAAAUAAAAAGGUGAAAAAAUAUCGGGACAAAUUUGAUCCAAGAGUUACGGCAAAAUAUGACAUUAAGGCGCUAAUUGGAAGGGGUAGUUUUAGUCGAGUCGUACGGGUUGAAAAUAGAGUGACUAGACAACCUUACGCCAUUAAAAUGAUAGACAGGGUUCAAGGAAAAGAAGUUUUCGAAUCGGAACUCAAUGUUUUACGACGUGUUCGGCACAAAUAUAUUAUACAGUUAGUUGAAGUUUUUGAAACUCCCGGAAAAGUUUAUAUGGUAAUGGAACUAGCCACGGGAGGUGAACUUUUCGAUAGAAUAAUUGCCAAAGGAAGUUUUACAGAAAGAGAUGCCACAAGGGUAUUGAAUAUGGUGGUAGACGGUGUUCUUUAUUUACAUGGAUUGGGAAUUACUCACAGAGAUUUAAAACCGGAAAAUUUAUUAUAUUAUCAUCCAGGACAUGAUUCCAAAAUAAUGAUAACAGAUUUUGGAUUAAGUUCUAUCAUGAGAAAUGGGUCUGAAAAUUACAUGAUGACUACCUGUGGUACACCUGAAUAUAUUGCUCCAGAAAUUUUGGCUCGGAAACCUUAUGGGUGCCAAGUGGACUUAUGGGCUGUUGGAGUUAUAACAUAUAUUUUACUCAGUGGAACAAUGCCAUUCGAUGAUGACAAUCGAAGUAGACUUUACCGACUCAUCCUCAAAGCAAAAUUCAGUUAUAUUGGAGAGCAUUGGAAGGAUGUGUCCGAUUCAGCUAAAGAUUUUAUUGGAAAAUUAUUAGUGCUUGAACCUCAUAUGCGUAUAACGGCCAUCCAGUGUCAACAACAUCCUUGGCUUUUAACAAACGCAUCUGGAUCUAGCAAUAAAAAUCUUCACCGAACAAUUAGUCAAAAUCUCCUCCAACGGCAGUCAACCCGGAACAGUGCAAAAAGUGCAAAGUCGGGUAAAUCAGUUAAGAGUAAUCGUUCAAGGGGAUCGCUGCGCUCUGACCCUCACAGAGUUCUCCCGGAAGAAAUCGAUGAACUUCACAAAGAUCCAGAAGUUUUGGCUGAUAUAGCAUCUUUACAUCAAUACUAGGAUGGAAUUCUGUAGUUAAUCAGGUGUAUCUUUUACUUACAACACUUCUUUAUUAACAAUAAACUUUAAUUUACAGUAUGCAAUUAUCAAGGAUGGCACUAGAUUAUCAUAUUGAUCUUUGUACAGUGGUAAUUCUUACAGAUUUGUGUCUGAAAGGGUAAGGUACUGUGUUAGAAUGAGUUAUAUGUGAUCCAAGUAUGCUAUUUGUACAGAAUUCACUUUAUUUUUAUACACAUUUAAAUCCACAUUAACAUUUGAGCAAUGAAAAUAUAUGGUAUUAUCCAAAACAGGUCUAAUGAUGCUGGCAUUAUUAUAGAUAGUUGGUAUUCUGAAAUUUAGAAUAAAUUAUUAAACAUUCAAAUUUACUAAGUUCAUGCAAAAAAACAUUGAAUCUCAGAUUGUUUAUUGUCCUGGUGCAUUUCCUAUAAAUGGCAAGUGUUUAUGAAGUGUGGUUAAGUUAUUGCAAGACAUGGUAAAUAUGAUAAAAAUAUAUAUCUUGGUUGUCUCAAGAAAACAAAUUGAUAAUAUUUAUAUAUAUAUAUAUAUAUAUAUACAUGUAUAUAUAUAAUGUAUGUGUAAAAUGAUGUUUAUUUGUAAAUACCAUAAUUAUAUCUAAAUAUAUAUAUAUGUAAAUGAAGUUUUAUAUUGUCUAUUAUAAUAUACAUUAAUUUGCUUGUUUAAUUUGUAAAUAACUAUAAAUGCUCUAGUGCAACCAAAUUAUCUUGUAGUGCCAAGCAAUUAUAAUGUUCUUUUUUUUUCUAGAUACAUAUAUUUCUUGGUGAUACUAGGUAUACCAAUGUUAUUAAUGUUUUGUUAUGUUUUAUUAUAAUGUGAUAAUGAAUCAUUGUGCCGUCAUGAGAUGAAUCAUAAACGUCUGGGUUUACUCUGAUUAAAAUCGACUCAUUGCAAUGUUUAAUCAUGUAAAGGCAUUGAUUAGUUGAUUGAUUAGUGAGGUAAAUUAUUAAUGUACAUGAAUCACACUUUAAUUAGAAUAGAAUACAAGCCUUCUACUUUAUUUAGGCACAUAAAACAGUCAUCUGACCCCAACAGAUAAAUACAGAUAAGAUUAACAAACAAAUUACCUAGUGAACUUUAAAAUUGUGUUAUUUUACUUGAAUUAUACAAGAUUCUUAUCCAAAACAAAUCUUUUCUAUAUGUUUAAACUGCAUGUUAUUAUGUAUGCACAGUGAUUCACUAUGACUUGAUAUGUUUUGCAGUUUAUUCAAUUGAAUAUGUUAGCUAAAGCUAAUAGUGUUCAAAAUUGAAGAAAAUUAUUGUCAGUUUGGAUAAAAAGAUACUAGAUUCUACCUCAAAGGGGGUGAAGUUGAUAUAGCUUACAAUAUUAUUCAUUAGUCAUAUCAAUUAUAAGAUUUUUUUUUUUAAAUCACAUUGGAAAAUGUUAAUUGAAUUUAGACAUGUAUUACAAGGUUAAUAUCAAGUUGAAGCCGUCCUUAGGUACUUUGUUAUUUUUGCCAAUUGUUAUAUUAUUACACUGUGCCUAAGAGUUUUCAGGUCUUUCUGGAAAUUUUACACAAUGCAUUUUCCGUCCAUUAAAAUAAUUGAGUUGGAAGUAAAUAGCCUAGAUAGCAAUUCACAAAAAUCAAAACAGCUCUUCAUAGAAAUUCGAUGAAAAGUUAUUAACUAGGAGAAUUUCCAUGAAACUGUUUUAAUUAAUUUGUUAAUUUCAAGCACUUUAAAUUCUUGUGAAUCAUCAAAAAAUCAAUUUUAGUUUACUUUGAUGUAUAAUGUAUAUCAAAUUAUUAGUUUGUUCAGUUUGUUAUUGUAAAAUUAAAAAUUAGAUUAAUGGUUCAACUUAUUAUCGUAAAAUCCAGCCAUUGCAUAAGGGUUUUCACAAUUUUAAUCUUUCCGGCAAUUUAAUCUGUUCAAUUCUGAGUGGAUAGUCUAAGAUUUGGUACACUAGACAUGAGUUUUUACGUCUAUAUAUUGAUAAGUUGACAAAAUUAUUAGUAAUGGAACAUUGAUCUCUGAAACUUUGAAGCUUAUGAAAUAAUCUAUAACAGUAAUAUUCAGAGCAUAAGAAUAUAGUUCACGGUUUAUGUUAACAUUGCCUCUGGCAGUACAGUUGUUGUCAUUAAUUUCAUGAUGCAAUAGCAAUUAGUAUUCAAGAGGAAUUAAACCGUAACUUUUGUUUGAAUAAAAGAGGAUACAUUAUAUAUUUUGUAUUCAGAAAUAAAUUGGUAAGUAGAGUUCUAACAAUAACUGUCAACAGGUUAUCCCCAAAAUCUAAUUAUCUCAAAGGGUAAACUAUAUGAACAUCUCACUGGAUACACUGUGGUCAUCCAGAGACACACUUAAAAGGGCCUAAACUUAAGGGUUACUUUAAUUUAUGAUCUGUCCUAUUCCUAAAAUAGUUACAGCACAAUUUUAGGACCCUGUUGAUAUAAGUGAAAAGUAUAUUGAAUUGCACAUUUUAUCUUGAGCAUUAUGAAUAAGUGACUGAAAUUUGAGUAGAAUUUGUUUAUGGCCAUAUAUCAGAACUUUAUGACUCCUCGAAAAUAUUAAUUAUAAUUGAAAUAAUUAGUAAUAUAGUUAAAAGUAUUUUCUAAGGAAACAAACCGGACAUCGGUUUUUAAAUUUUUAAUGAUUUGAGUAGAUCCAUUAAUGUUAAACUAAAAACAAUAUUGAUUAUGAUCUGAAACAGAAUUUCUAUAUAUAUAUAUAUAUUUACACACAUUGCAGUGUAUUUAGGGCAACAAUAGCCCACAAUGAUAGAAUAGAAACCAUUACUUGAGAUUACUUUAUAGGUAUUAUGCUUACAAAACCAUUAAUGUCUUCAAUUGUGGCAAUUUAUUGAUUAAUGUAUUUGUUAAUUGUGAAUUUAUUUGUGGAGAAUUAAUUUCAUGUAGUGCAAUCAAAAUCUGAUAUUUGCUAUGUCCAAAUUUGUAAGAUGUGUUAAGUUUAAUAAAAAUUCAUUUAUCUGUAUAAAACUAGUCGGAUUUAUAGUAUUUAUAUAUAGAUAAAAUAAAAGACAGUUAUUUUAAUACUA